AUGGCGCAAAAACGCUGUCUUGACGACAUGCUCGAAUUUGCCCCUCCCAUGGUUCAAAGUGCGACCCUCCCCCAGAUCGACAGGAUCGUCAUCGUUGCCGACCUAGGGCGCGUGCGCGCACGGAAUCACAUCACCCCAUCAGCCAUGGCCGGCAUCCGUCUGGUGAUGCGAACUGCGAACUGA